AUGGGUGCGCAGUCAACCAGCAACGGACUAACCCUCGAGGGGCAGAAGAACGGCUCCAACUACAAACGACAGAGCAGCGACACGCCGGGUGCCAACUCGAAAAAGAGGCGACGAUUGGUGCGCGGGCCCUGGAUACUACCCGAAGAUGACAUCUUGAGGCAAAGCCCAAGCCAAAAGGAGCUGAAAAUCACCUUGGCCCAGGAGUUGAGGCUCAAGGAGUCGAUCCACGACUUUGUCGUCAAAUUGGGGCUAAAGCUAAAAGUGGACGCACCCACGAUCCUCGCGACCUCGGUCUACCUACAUCGAUAUUACCAGACGGUCCAGAUAACGUCUUCCAAAUACUAUGUGGCGUCGGCGGCGCUAUACAUAUCGGGGAAAAUCAACGAUUGCGUCAACUCCUACGACCGAAUCAGCUUGUACGCGUGCAACUUGAAAAACCCCCAGGCUGCAAAAUGCCCCGCUGGCCGCCAGCCUCCGCCCAUCGAUGAGCAAAGCGAAUACUACGGAAGAUGGAAAUCACAAGUCACCUAUAGAGAAGAGAUGAUCCUCCACAAGUUGAACUUUGACCUCAAUUUCGCCUCGCCCUAUCUCCUCCAGCACAAGAUCUUGAACCGGAUCCACUCGGGGAUGCGCUCGACUUUUUACGAAAAACGCAAGGAUAUCAUGUCUAGGACGAUAAAGUUGAUUGAGCUUUUGUCGAGUCUACCGGUGAUUCUAUGCUACGACAUGAAAGUCAUCUUUGUCGUCUGCUUUGUCAUCACUGUUCUCGAAGGAAGCAACAAGUUUAAAGACUUGACAAUACCGGAGAAUUUCACCAGCAUAAGUAUGGAAGUGCCCGUGGCCGAAGCAGCGAAAUGUUUCAACUUGAUAAAGAAGUUGUUGGAGGUGGCUCAAUCGGACACUCGCUGCAUUAGCAACAAGGCGGCUGCGAAAAGACUCUUAGGGAUCAGCUCUGAAAAAUUUCUAGAGGUUGCCAAGGGGAAGCCCUGA